CUAACAACUAAAUCGCGUCUAAAAGCGGCAAUCCUUCUGUGUGGACGAACGGGGAAGGGAUCUGUCGUUAGCCACAGUCCUUGUCGUCUGACAGACGAAUUGAUGAGGAUCUGUCAGGUUAAUUGAUUGAAUAGGACUUGGAGCACGCCUGCGCCCGACUACCUCUGAAAAUACAAGGGAUCUUUGUGUGUUUUGGCGUGUUGGUGCUGUAACGUCAUCGCGUUUGCUUGGAGCUCUAUUCCUUUUUUACGCGCUCGUCUAAAAAUAUACAGAGGAUUUUCGUGCGACCAAACAACGGUCGCGGGCAAGCUGAAAAAAUCGUCUAGCUGGAGAAAACGUCAAAAAUAUUGCAUCUGUUUAGUCAUCUGUUUUCUCAUACCUGGAUAAUACCAAAUAUAGUCAGCGAUAAUUAUUGGUGCUCUGUCCUUCCUUUGCGCGUCCCAUACUGGUCCGGGUGAAGGUUGCCAAAGUUUAUUAUUAAAUCAUGCUGAGUUGAUGCAAAGUAAAUCUAAUCGACCAAUCUGCCAACAGCAUAUGUCAGAUUCAUAGUAGCUGCCUGUUGCGCUUUGUUGCAGGCCUAUCGCAAACUUUAUGUACCAACCAAUUUUAUUUAAUUAAGGUGGCUAUUGUGUAACGAAUGAUUCAGGUACUGCUGCUGUAGCAGUAAAUCAAUCUGUCAUCGAGUGCAAAUAUAGGCCAUUGUUAGCAUUGGGACAUUUUCGUUGCUUUAUGUUUCAGAACGUAUAACUCCUUACAGUUUUAUUAAGACGCAUCACCAAAAGGCUAAAUUGAAUAGAUUCAAUAUAGAAAGGACAGCACCUUCUGAGGAUUCUUUCUUCUUUCUUCUACUCAUAUUCGCUACAGAAGUGAAAUGGCUUCCCAGGUUAUUUUUUCAACCCAUGCUGGCCUAAGUUCAGCUAAGUUUUUCAUUGUGCUACUGUGUGCAUCCGCCAUGGUGGCUGGGUGCCUUGGACAGGCUAUGCCGUUUGGGGAGACUUCAACCACUGCCUCGAUGAGUCUUCGGUCACUGAUCACGGAGACAGGGGAGGUGACGCGCCAGUACGUGGAGUCAAUUGUGGGGACCAAUGUUGUCGAAACAGCUUUGGAGAAUGCUGUUGUGUACCUUGAAUCUGUGUUUGGUCCAGAGAACAUCUAUACUGUGGCCAUGUUCCUGGGGAUGUUGCUGCAGUUCUUGGCAGAGGGUGCAGCCAGUGGACUCAACGUCAUCGCCGUGUACGUGUCCGAGAUCCUCAGAGCCACUGGGGUGGACGCCAAACUCCCUUUUCCACAUUUUACUCCAGAGGGUGUUGCCUCGGUAGCAAAGUGGGCGCUGCUGGCUCUGAUUGGCUACUGGGUGCUGUCUGUGGUGCUCCGAUUGGCUCUGUCUGUGCUGAGGCGGGUCUUCUGGCUGCUGAAAGCUGUCGCGACGCUGUGGAUGUUCGGGCUGAUCGUCAGCGACACCAGCGCGGCCACAGACACCACUGCGAUGCGAUUGGCUGCUCUGGUGCUCAGCUACGUUGUGAUUGGCUUGGCCACGGGCAGCAAGGAGGCACCCAGCGUGGAGAGCCGUCUGAACACGCUGGAGGGAAAGCUCAAAGCCAUAGAGAAGAAGAAGAUGGAUUGAAAGAAGUGACAAAUUGGGGCCGGCGAACGAGAUUCAACUGGUGGUGGUCAUGAGUCUGACUUUUGACAGGGGUGGGUCUAGGGACAAAGACCCUGUGUGUGUGUGUGAGUGUGUGUUACUUUUAUCAUGUCGUAACAAAAGAGCCAUUGGGCUGGUUAUAAGCAGUGUGUCUCUUAAUGUUAAAGUCUUUGAGUCAGCAUGGAGAUUUUCAGGGGGAGCCUGGAUGUUUGACAAUGACCUUCCACAGUCAAUGACCCCACGUUUUUUGGUUCUAAAUGUCAUUUCUAUGAACUGUCUGUAAUGUUAUAGCCUAAGGUGAAUGCACUGUGUCUGGUACAGAUGAAUAAAUCUGUAAAGUGA